CUUAUUUCAGUGAUACAGACGUAUUCGACGUUCCCUACAUGAGAAUGAUCCGUUUCUCGCUCAACUCCAUAGCUCAGUGGCCAUACACCUUCGGGCCCAGAACCAUGCGCGCGCGCAUACAAUCCGUGUAUCAUUAUAUAAUGAUCACAGUCAGCACGUAUCUUGAAAUAUCUUGCGUGUUUUAUGUGAGAAAUAAUCAGGAUAAGGAGUUCAUUGUUCUGGGACACGAUUACUUUAAUAUUUUGAUGGGUAUUAUCAUUAUUGAGCUCCGUCGCAUCACUAAAAUCUGCAACAUAGCGGCCGUAAUAAUCCACAUACAAAUAUUCUUCUCCAUGAUGUUUUUUAACAUGGUGCCCCUUUGGAAAAACAUCCAUGCUGGCAUGUUUUCAGACCGUAGACCUGAAAACGGAACGUUUGUGCAUUCAGGCAACUACUUAUCCUUUGUAGACCAGUAUAGUGAUACUAGAGGUUACUUCCUAGUUUUCUUUUUGAACUUCUAUCCUUCUUAUAACGCUGCAGUUACUUUUCUUUGCAUGGAUCUUUUGAUUUUCAUAAUGGUCUUCCACAUUGCGGGACAUUUGAAUAUUCUGGUGCAUGAUUUGAGAUACUUCCCCCGGCCGAAUGAGAUGGAACAGUGUAUGGAAACGGGGUCGAGGAAAUAUAAUGAAGAAGUAUUUGUACGGUUGAAGGAUUUGAUUGAUCGAGAUCAAGCGAUUAAAGAGUUCAUGAUCGACACCUCCGAAACGUUCGGCAUUAGUUUAUGCAUAUACCUCGCCUUCCACCAGGUCACUGGGUGUGUGUUGCUGCUAGAAUGUUCUCAGAUGACACCAGAAGCUCUUGGUAAUUAUGGGUUCCUGACCUUGAUGAUGUUUCAACAGCUAAUCCAGACAUCGGUGAUAUUUGAAUUUAUCAGUACCAAGAGCGACACCCUCGCCGACGAGGUAUACUCCCUCCCAUGGGAGCUGAUGGACGUCAGAAACAGAAAGGCUGUCCUGCUAUUCUUGAAGAACGUGCAGCCUCCGAGGGCCCUCAAGGCCGGUGGUGUGGUCUCCGUGGGCGUGCUUACUAUGUCUACGAUAAUCAAAACGUCGUGUUCGUAUUUCCUCAUGUUGAAAACAUUAACAGUAGAAGAGUAAUGGAAUUCUGCAAUACACUUGACACAAAAUG